AUGCUCAUUGGCGUCCAGAUCAGAUGGAAGAGCAAACCAGGCGAUUCGUUUGGACUCACGGGUUUCACUGAGUGCGGAAAUCUGCUGGGGAAGAUCCCGCACUUUUCCUUCCACAACGCCAGGCUGAUGGUGCCCCACGAGUCUGAAAAACGGCUCGGAAAAGGGUUCAGAAACGCCCCCGUGUUCAUCAGAUACUGCAGCGAUGGACGGGUUUAUUCUAACGCACACGUCGAGCACCUGGAGCUCAACAUUGUCCCCAGGCCGAAACCCCUCUGUCGAUGUCGCAACUGUCUCAGUGAGUUCAAAUACAGCAACAAUGUCAGUCACAAGAGCUCGCAUGAAAGGUCUCCUCUUCUGAACGAAGACUCAGGUAUCAUUUCGUUUAACUCGCCCUCUUCCGAGCUCGAAUGUCCCGUUUUGCGAAAUCCACCGACUCCCGUCAAGCUGGAAGGGAUCAGCGACUACUCAAACAUCACCAGUGUUACGCUCAUGUCCAACGGCAGGGUCGAAAUCGCCGUCAAGAAGGGCAUAUUCGAGGCUCGUGGAAGAUGGCUGUAUCUUCGAGCCGGCAAAACCAAUUACUGCCAGGACGGGAGAGUGUGUGCAGUGGACAGGAGCCACCGGGAGUUUCACGUCAUUCGCAACCGGGAGGAAUGGAGACAUUUUUGA